AUGGUCAAUACCCCCGAAGCUAAUUCCUCCAACAGGUNNACCAUCAUCGAGUGUCUCAAGUAUGCUACGACUGGUGACCAACCCCCAAACAGCAAGGGCGGUGCCUUCAUCCACGAUCCCAAGGUAUGCCCUUCGAAUAACAUCAUGCUACCUCGACUGACUAGUAUAGNNCUAUGUGGCGAGAAAGAGGUCCUCGCCCAGGUCAAGAUGUCGUUCCUAGCCACUACAGGAGCGAAGAUGGUGUCUACUCGCAGUCUGCAACUCACCGUCAAAAAGGCAACACGUUCGGUCAAAUCUCUCGAAGGUCAGCUUCUCAUGAUCAAAGAGGGCGAGCGCACAUCCAUUUCCUCACGCGUUGCCGAACUUGAUCAACUCAUGCCUCAAUAUCUUGGUGUCAGCAAGGCUGUCCUGGACUCUGUCAUCUUCUGUCAUCAGGAUGAGAGCUUGUGGCCGCUCAGUGAGCCGAGUAAGCUCAAAGACCGCUUCGACGCCAUCUUCGAGGCCAUGAAGUACACCAAGGCCAUCGACAACAUCAAGAUCAUGAAGAAGAAGCAGACGGAAGAGCUUGCAAAGUACAAGAUUAUUGAGCAACACGCCAAGGAAGACAAGGAUAAGGGUGAGAAGGCCGAGAAACGAUCCCACGAGCUCUACGAGGAGAUCGAAACAUUACGCCUUAAAGGUGAAGAUAUGGGUACCAAGAUUGCCGAGGCCAAGCAAAACUACAAUGCUGCCUGGGAGAAGAUCAAGUUCCUUGGUGAAAUCGUCGGCCAACUCUCCGGCAAGCGCAUCGAGCAACGUGCUAAGCAAGAAAGUGUUCAAAAACUCAGACGCAAUCUUCGCGAGAUGACCGAUUNNCGGACCAGGAACUCCAGGCUCUUCUACAGAAAUACGAAGAGCGAGUUCAACAACUACACGACCAGGCCAACGAGGAGAAGCGCCGCUAUCAACAACUUANGUCGAGAGUUGAUCGGCAACCGCGAGAAGCUCAGCAUGAAGGAGCGUCAGGUUGGCUCUUUGGAGUCUGACCAACAGAACUACGAGCGUCAACUUGAGAACAGAGCACAACUGGUCAAGCAAACUGCCCGCAGGCACAACCUUCGUGGUUACGAUCUCGAAGUUGAUGACGACAAGGCUCGAGAAUUCGUUGAUCGCAUCAGUCGCAUGGCAAAGGAGCAAAACGCCACAUUCGAACGCGCCAGACGUGAGACACAGCAAGAGUUGCAACGCGCUCAGGAUGUUCUCAACCGUAUCAAUGAGCAGAAAUCCACACUAAGUCAAAAGAAAGAAAGCGCCAAGGCAUCUCAUGCCGCAAACCAGCGCCGCAUUGGUGGAUUCCAGACUGAUCUGGACAAGAUAGAGGUCGAUGAGGGCUCCAAGACUAUGCUCGAGUCCUCUGUUGAAGACACCGAAAGCAAACUGCAAGCGGCCAAGUCUGAUUACGACAACAAGGACUGGGACAAGCAAGUCGAAGAGACUGAUGCUGUUCUACGCCGUCUGGACGAUCAAAAGGAGAGGCUGGAUAUGGAACUUGUCCAGGCUACCAAGCAAGCAGGAGAUUCGGCACGUCUAGACUUUCUACGCAAGGAAGUCAAGGACCGUCAACGCAGUCUCGACACCAUGACCAAAACCCAUGGGUCCAAGAUUGACAGUAUCGUUGGUGGCGGUUGGCAGGCAACAUCACUCGACAGCGAUUUUCAAAGUGCUCUGAGCAGCAGCAACAAGUCUGUAGCAGAAGCUGAGCGUCAGCGAGACGGCCAAGCCCGUGAACUUGAGCAGCUGGAGUAUCGUCUCAAGCAAACGAAGAACGAUCUCAUUGCACGAAGACGAGAACUGGACGCCAGCCACAAGUCUAUUCAGAAUGUCAUCGAAACAGAUCCGUCCGAAUACCAAAGGAUUCUCGAGGAGACCGAAGCCGAGCGUGAUGACCGCAAGAGCUCAAGCGAGUAUGCUGGCCACCUCAAANAGUACUACGAGAGCGCGGCAAGAGCUGCUCGCGAGAACAAAUGUUGUCUCAUGUGCCGCCGUGGCUAUGAAAAGGAUCGUCAAGGGCUUGAAAAGUUGAUCAAUCUCCUCGGGAUGGAAAUCAAUAAAGCCGAGGCCGGCCGUGCGGUUGAAGAGCUUCGAGAAACUGAGAGUUAUCUGCAAGAAGUCAGAGCAAUCAGCUCGACUUACGACAACUGGGAUCGUCUAAAGAGUAAGGAUAUUCCUAACCUCGAGCAAGAAGAGGAACGCCUGAAGGCUCGCGUGUCUUCCCUCACCACCGAAGUGGAGGAAGAAGACCGUGUUGUCAGCGAGCGCAGAUCAGCCAAGCAGGAAGUCGAAAGCCUUUCCAAAACCGUCCAGAACAUUGUCAAGUAUGCCCAAGAAAUCGUCAAUUUCGAGACGCAGAUCGAAGAGUUGGCUGCCAAACAAAAGAGCCAGGGACUUUCUCGUGGACUGGAGACGAUCCAAGACGAUCUCAAGACAAUCAACGAACAGUCUCGCGGAACCAAGGUCUCAUUGACCAAAAUUAUUGGUGAGCGCGACGGCGCUCGCGGCACCAUAAACGCACUUGAGCUCGAGCUUCGUGAUGUCAAGUCUAAACUCAGUACUGUCGUCCACCAUCUCAAGGAGAAGUCAUCCAUCGAGAAACAAAUCAGCGAGCUCAAGGCACAGAACAAUGAGCUCAUUGAGUCUCAGCGAUCCUUUGAGCAGAAGCUUGCGGAUCUGAAUCCGGAGAUGUCACAAGCUCAAUCCAAGUACGAUGACAUUUCUCGUCGUGGAGCAGAGAAAGACAGACAGCUUCGCGAGGAGACAGCCGCCAUAAACGACAGUGUAAACAAGCUGCAAUUGGUCGAGCGUGAGAUUAGUGGCUACAUCCAAAGAGAUGGCCCUGCUCAGCUGGCGCAGGCCAAGAGUGCUAUCGAAGACAUGAAACAAGAAAUCGAACGUUUGGAGAAGGACAUGCAAACCAUCACCAAACAGGUCAAGGACGUCGAAAACAACCUCCAAAAUGUCGAGGAAACGAAGCGUCAGAUUGCAGACAACCAAGAGUACCGUCGUGAUCGUGCUGCUGUAGACGCAAUAGGUGCUGAGAUAAGAGAGCUUGAGACACACAAUGCCGAAGAAGAGAAGGCUGUUCAUGAGCGUGAGGGCAACCGUUGGGAGAUGACACGCAAUAAGCUUACAGCCGAGCAAGCCUCGAUCAUGGGCCAGCUGAAGAGCAAAGACGACCAGCUUCAACAGCUUCUUCAAGACUGGGAGCAGGACUACAAGGAUGCUGCAUACAAAUACAAGGAGGCCCACGUCAAGGUUGAGACGACCAAAGCCGCUGUCGAGGAUCUCGGUCGCUAUGGCGGUGCACUCGACAAGGCCAUCAUGAGAUACCACGCCCUAAAGAUGGAGGAGAUCAACCGCAUCAUCGAGGAGCUCUGGAAGAAGACGUAUCGUGGCACCGAUGUCGACUCAAUCCUAAUUCGCUCAGACAAUGACAAUCAGAAGGGCAACAAGAGCUACAACUACCGCGUCGUCAUGUGCAAGCAAGAUGCUGAGAUGGACAUGCGUGGUCGCUGCUCUGCAGGUCAAAAGGUGCUUGCGUCCAUCAUCAUCCGUCUGGCUCUGGCAGAGUGUUUUGGAGUAAACUGUGGUCUUAUCGCGCUGGACGAACCUACAACCAACCUUGACCGCGACAACAUCCGCUCGCUGGCAGAAUCUCUAUCCGAGAUCAUCCGCAUCAGAAGACAACAGUCCAACUUCCAGCUGAUUGUCAUCACUCACGAUGAGGAAUUCCUGAGAUACAUGAACUGUGCCGACUACACGGACUACUACUACCGCGUCAGUCGCAACGACAGACAGAAGAGUAUUAUCGUCCGCCAGAAUAUCGCAGAUGUAAGUGUCUGA